AUGUUGCAAGCAGCUAGACCAUCAAAUUUGCCAUCCCCAUCAGAUAGCAAUUUGGAACCCUUGACUAGCGGACUGAAAUCUGGAGGAAAUCCUACGGUAGAAAACCCAACUGGGAAGGGACGUGGAAGUAGCAACUAUGAGGUGAGACAAGGUCUGAGUUUUGAGACUCCACCCAGUAAGCUGCCUCCGCCUCCUACAGAAGGGAAAUCUGCUGCGAUGAUGUCCGAGGGUGUCAUGAAGGAACCAGAAUCUGCACUGAAAUCUAUGGGGCCGGUGAAGGGUGUUGCGGAUAGCAGUGUGACUGGGAUGGGUGAAGAUCAGCUUCAGCGUGCUCUUGAAGGGGAACUGGUUAGUUUUUUGCGGGAACAAAACAGCAAGUUGUUGAAUGACUUGGAGGAGAUGAAGCAAAGACUAGCUGACAAGUUGAAGGGAACCCACUCAAAGAAAGUAUGUACUGGACUGGUAGUUUUCAGUAUCCUUUUGGUCGGGAUCAUGCCAAAGCCGACUUUGUGGGUGAAUCUCUUCGUCAACAAGCUCGGGCUUUUGAGCACGGUGUGGGAGCUCUCCACGAUCGGGCUUUCAUGCAUGGCGAUGGAGCUCUCCACGAUCGGGCUUUCAUGCAUGGCGAUAGAGCUCUUCAAGAUCGGGCUUUCAUGCAUGGCAAUGGAGUGCAUCAAGAUCGGGUUUCUGUGCAUGGUGAUCGAGGUCUUCACGAUCGGGCUUCGAUGCAUGGCACUGAAGCUCAACCUGAUCGGGCUUUCAUGCAUGGAAAUGUAUGCCAUCAAGAUCGGGCUAGCAGGGAUGGGCUGUUUCUUCAACCUGGGAGUCCUCUAUGGUAUCCUGACGGCAAAGGGCAAGGGCAAGAUCCGAAAUGUGAUGGGUCUGGAUGGCAUGACAAUGGUGAAGAUCAAACAGAUGGAUGCAAGCAAUGCAACUUCCACAGCAAAACCGGGGGAGUUUGAGAAGAAAGGGAAGGGUUUUUCCAAUGCAGGCUCCAUUGACAAGCCAUGCAAAUACUAUGUUUCUCCUGAAGGAUGUCGUGCGGGCCGCGCUUGCAAGUUUCAGCAUGUGAGUCAAGAUCAAAAUGAUCGUUGUUGGGUUUGUGGUUCAACACAGCAUCGCAAAGUUGAUUGUCCAGUUCGUGGCGGUGCAAAGCAAUCCAGUCCGACCAAGCCUACCAGUGAAACCAAUGCUGGUUCCGGGGGAGGAAAAGGGAAAGGUGCAGGAAAGAAAAGCGAUGGCUCAGCAUCCACUGGCAACAAUUCCAAUGCUGGCGCCAAGACCUCUUCCACAUCGAUCACUGAGAACAAGAAUGCUGGCAGCCAACCUGAAAAGGACCCACAGCAAAAAACCACUUUGGAAACCACAGUAAAGGAUGAGAAGUCCAGUGGAGGAGUGGCAAUGUCUGCCGCCAAAACGGGGGCUAGUGAUUUACUGUUGGAGGCCACCAACCUGUUGAAGUCCAUGCGUAUUCUCAACAUGAAGGUCAUGAAGAUCACCAACCUGAAACAUGAUGAUCGAGAUCAAUGGUUGCUGAAACGGGCCAUCAUCCUCAAGGCCCUUUGGCAUGGCGUGGAGGUGGAUGAAGAGAAUUUGAGUGUGGAAUCAGCGUUGCUUCUCAAACUCAAAGAAGUCUUCCCUGAUUUGCCGGAGGAGCUCAUGAUGAAACUGAUCCCAGACAUGAACAUCAUGACCAAGGAUGGAUAUGGUAACCUCUUACCAUGGAAUCGAGCGAAAAGGAAGCGUCUUCUUCGAGCAGAAAAGGUGGUGCUUCACAUAUGUUCUGGGCCUGAGCAUAGAUUUUGGGAAAAACACCUCAACACUGACAAGAUCGAAACUUUGUGCAUCGAUCUUGAAGGUCCAGUCAAGGCGGACAUCCUGAAUGAUGCGGUGUUCAGCUACUUGAUCGCACUUGCAGCAUCUGGAAGAUUGAAAGCUAUUUUGGCAGGCCCACCAUGCAGAACCUGUAGUGCCUUGCGGUUCAAAGAUGACAAUGGGCCUGGCAUCAUCAGAACGGAAGAACAUCCAUAUGGUUGCCCUGGAAUCAGCGAGAAAGACUUUGAGCUCGUCCAGAACGACUCGUUGAUUUUUCUGCGUACAUUGGCACUCUAUGUGAUUGCGGAGGAGGUCAGGCCACAUCAUGAGCCACAAACAGGUUUUGGACUUGAACAACCUGAAGAUCCUGCGAACUACAGGCCUGAGAAAGAAGUGAAAGAGGUGGGGUUUAUGAGCAUGUGGAGAACUCCUGAAUGGAAAGGCUUUGCAUCGAAGUUCAACAUCAAGUUGAUCAGUUUUGACCAGGGUCCUAUGGGCCAUUCCAAACGGAAGCCUACUUCAAUGGGGGUUGCUCUACCACAAGCACAACAGCUACAUGAACUUCGUGGCCCACCUUCAGAUCGAUCAGGAGAUGUACAACUUGGCAACUAUGAUGAGAUGUCUCUGGAUGAUAGAUGCGCCUUGUCAAAGUCAUGGGCUGCGUGGGCACCAGGAUUGAAAGCUGCUCUAGUUGCUUCGGUGAAGUGCCAUUUGGAUUUAUGUGGCAAUACUUCACCUGACCACUUGGAUUUGGAUUUGCGUGGUCCGGAGCAACCGAAAAUGAAUCCACUGGGUCCUGUAGCACUACGUCAGUGGCAGAAACACUUUGUCAACGACCACUACCCUGCCAGAAGGGAUUGCAGACAAUGUAUUCAGUCUCAAGCCAGAGGCCGUCCUCACAAGCGACUUCAACAUGCCGAAGCGUUCACUUUGUCUUUGGAUUUGUCUGGCAAGAUGACCCCUGGACAUGACCAAUCAGGUGAGCCAUGCAAGUAUCUCAUGGUAGCGUGUUACACAUACCCAGUAGAUGGACAGGGCAAGUCGUUGAUUGACCUGCCUGGUGGUGAACAACCUGAUGAUCAUCCUCUUCCUGCACCUGAUGAUCCAGAGCUUGGUUUUGCUGAGGAUGGUUGUGAUGCUCCGCUACCACCUGAGGAGGAGGACUUGCUUGGGGAAGAAGUUGAGGGAGAUGAGAUACCGGAGGAGGACAAGGUGCGUCAUGAAUCCAUGAAAGGAGCAAUGUCAGUGUGGGAAAACAUGAUUGAAGAAGCCUCUGAUGUGAGUGUACGCAGCUUGACCUUCGUGGAGGUGAUUCCUUGGGAUGGAUUGGAUGCAAUGUGGAUCAGUGGUGCAGUGCUCAUGUGCUUAGGCGACGAUCGGGCCUGGCAGAGCAUUUGCAGCGUGGUGACGCAGCAUCAUCGUCAAGCGUUUCGUCAUCACAGUCGGGCUCAGCAGAGCAUUUGA